UUCCGUAAAGAAAAAGAACCAACAACGCAUUUGUCGCUGUUUAUCACUUUCAGACUUUCAGCCGAGACUGAGGUAUAGACAUUAACCACUAAAGAGAGACAUUGUCACGUUAAUUAAUCCAACUUUUGUGUGCUGUUAAAUCUAGUUAUAAAAAUUAUAGAUACUGAUUGACUAAUUAAAAAGUACAUAAUUACCUACUCGAGUGAUUUACUUUGAAUUUGUUGUAAAAUGAAUGGUACAAUUACAAUGGCUUCAUCAAACCAAAACAUUUCGGAACCACCAAUGAAGAAAGCUCGUAUAGAAGAUGUUACAGCAGGGAGACAGUACAGAAUCUGUGGCCUUCAUCUGAGCUGUGAUCAUGAGCGUGCGCCAAACGAAUGAAACAGAAACGCUACAAUUCGAACUGAAAUGAAUAUGAGUUUAUAACAAACUCCUACUGACACAGCAGUCUUUAUGUCGAGUACCAAAAAUUCGCUCGAUUUAUUUAUUUUAGAUAGGAAAUGCAUCGGACUUCUUGCCAGGACCGAUUUAUGACCUUAAUCAAACGGGGCAGGUGGUUGGUGGUCCUGGAGCAAAAUAUCUUUCUCUUCCGGGAAUUCUUGGCGCUGGUUUACCAAAAAUAUCUUCGGAACAACAGGAUGCUAUCAAUAGAGCCAAAAAAUAUGCUAUGGAACAAAGCAUUAAGAUGGUCCUAAUGAAACAGACUUUAGCACAUCAACAACAGCAAAUGGCUAGUCAACGGAAUCAAGUGCAGAGACAGCAGGCUCUCGCCCUCAUGUGCAGGGUUUACGUGGGAAGUAUAAGCUUUGAGCUGAAAGAAGACACAAUUCGUCAAGCGUUCUUGCCAUUUGGACCAAUAAAAUCAAUCAACAUGUCAUGGGACCCAGUUACUCAGAAGCACAAAGGUUUCGCAUUUGUGGAGUACGAGAUACCAGAAGCCGCCCAAUUGGCGCUUGAACAAAUGAAUGGUGUAAUGAUCGGUGGUCGCAACAUCAAGGUUGUGGGAAGACCAUCGAAUAUGCCUCAAGCUCAGUCAGUUAUCGAUGAAAUCACGGAAGAAAGCAAACAUUACAAUCGCAUUUAUAUUGCAUCAAUUCAUCAGGACUUAACAGAAGAUGACAUUAAAUCUGUAUUUGAAGCUUUUGGUCCGAUAACUUACUGCAAAUUAGCUCAAGGAAGUUCACCGCACCGUCACAAGGGCUACGGUUUUAUUGAGUAUGAAACAAUGCAGUCUGCGCUUGAAGCCAUUGCUUCAAUGAAUUUGUUUGAUCUUGGAGGACAAUAUUUGAGAGUAGGAAGAGCUAUUACACCACCCAAUGCUCUUAUGGGACCUCCAAGUGGCACAAGUAUGAUGCCUACUGCUGCAGCUGUUGCUGCCGCUGCUGCUACUGCCAAAAUUCAAGCCAUGGAUGCGGUUGCUAGUAAUGCUGUCGCUCUUGGACUCACUAAAUUAGGAGCUUCUGGAUCACCUAUUUUGAAUUCUGCUCUUCCUGGCCUGGUUCGACCAACUUUAUCUCCAACAGCAAUCAUAACACCUCCAACAAUAGCAACAGUAGCUCCAGUGAUUCCUCCACCUGGAAUAGCCAUUCCACAAACUCUAACUCGACCUCCAGCAAUUAUUCAACCGAUUCUUGGACAACCUGUCAUAAUUCCUCCACCAGCAGUAGUGACUCCAACAGUUGUCGGCGCACCAGUGAUACCAAUAACAACUGCGCCAAUCGUUGAUGUUACUAGACGAGCACAAGAACAGGCUCAUCUUAAGCAACAAGAAGAAUUGCAAAAGAAAUUGCUUGAAGAAACUGAACCACAGACUCUGCAACAGCAAGAAAAUAUGUCAAUUAAAGGUCAGAGUGCUCGGCAUUUAGUUAUGCAGAAACUAAUGCGUAAAGUUGAAUCACGUGUUGUAAUACUCAGAAAUAUGGUUGCACCUGAGGAUGUUGAUGAAACUCUUCAAGAAGAAAUCCAAGACGAGUGUUCGAAAUUUGGAGUUGUCGAACGAGUUAUUAUUUAUAAUGAACGCCAGUCUGAGGACGAUGAAGAUGCUGAAGUUAUUGUUAAGAUUUUUGUUGAAUUUUCACAGAUGAGCGAGGCGGAACGUGCAAGAGAUUCAUUAAACGGUCGUUACUUUGGUGGUCGACUUGUAAAAGGUGAACUGUAUGAUCAAGCGUUAUUCGAUCAUAGUGAUUAUUCUGGUUAGAAUUAACCAGGAAAACUUUGUCUAAGUACCCUGACAUAUACGUCAAUUAGCUUAUAAUACCUAAAUUUCAUUUAAUAA